AUGAAGUUCAGCCCUCUAUCCGUCGUAUCUCUUGGCUUCGUCACCGUAUCUGUUGGUGCCUUUGUCCCAAAGAGCCAAAAUGUUGUUGACACCAAGCUUUAUUCAGGCGUUGAAAGAAAUGAGAACUUUGCAAAGCUGUCAGGUGGAUAUUUGUUUCCCGAGAUUGGACGUCGUCGAAAUGCCUACUUGGAAGAUAAUCCAGAAAUGGCUGACAAAAUCAUUUCGCUCGGAAUUGGAGACACCACAAAGCCCAUCCCCGAGCACAUCCUCAGUGGUCUGGUCGAGGGGGCGAAGAAGCUUGGCACAACUGAAGGAUACUCGGGAUAUGGAGCUGAGCAAGGUCAAGCUCUCUUGAGAGAGAAGAUUGCAAAGGUCUUGUACAAUGAUUUGAUUGAUCCUUCUGAAGUUUUUGUUUCUGAUGGUGCCAAGUGUGACAUCAUGCGAGUACAACAAGUGUUCGGUUCGAAGGUCACAAGUGCCGUUCAAGAUCCUUCUUACCCCGUUUAUGUUGACACUUCUGUCAUGAUGGGGCAAACUGGAUCGCAGGACGAGAGCACAAUGCAAUAUGAUAAUAUCGUUUACAUGCCAUGCACACCUGAGAAUGGAUUCUUUCCCGAUUACGCCAGCCUCCCGAGAGCUGAUGUUGUAUACCUUUGUAGUCCCAACAACCCUACUGGUGCAGCUGCCACAAAGGAGCAAUUGACAGAAAUUGUUAAUAUCUGUAAGGAACGGGGGUCCAUUCUUGUUUUCGAUGCAGCUUAUGCUCCCUUCAUCCGCUCUGAGGGCGUCCCGAAGUCCAUUUUCGAAAUUGAAGGGGCCAAAGAUGUAGCAAUGGAGGUAAACUCCUUCAGUAAGUAUGCUGGAUUCACAGGAGUCCGUCUUGGAUGGACAGUUGUUCCAAGCAACUUGAAAUUCAAAGAUGGCAGUCUCGUUCGUGAUGACUUCAACCGUGUCAUGACAACUGCCUUCAAUGGAGCUUCCAAUAUUGUUCAAAGUGGCGGUCUGGCUUGUUUGGAUCCCGAAGGUCAAAAGGAGAUCUCUAAUUUGAUCGACUACUAUCUUGAAAACGCCAAGAUUUUGAGAGAAACGAUGGAAGGUCUCGGAUUCACUGUCCACGGUGGAACUGAUGCUCCCUACGUCUUUGUUGAGCUCUCUGAAUCCAUGGGUGGGUCUUGGGAUGCCUUCAGCAUGAUCCUGGAAAAGUGUCAAGUUGUUACUAUUCCAGGAGCAGGUUUUGGACCGGGUGGUGAAGGUUUCCUUCGAUUGAGCGCGUUCGCCCCAAGAGAUUCUGUGAUCGAAGCCUGCAAGAGACUAUCUGAAGAACUUAAGUAA